AUGAGUGGAUGGCUAAGAAAGAAAUCUAUCCUAAUUGGUGAAGCUCACAGUCUUGACCAUAUGGGUACACUCCAUGCCCUGGGAAUAAUAUCGGAAGAAACCAAAUAUCUAGGGGGUUUAAGAAUUGCUAUUGACUUUAAGUGCUCCAAACGUGCAAAUGAAUUCCUGGAAGAUGAAAGUCGAUGGAAAGAUUGGUUCAAAUGGUUGGGGAGAUCUGAUCAACAUGAUGUUCGAUACGGAAGAAUUCCUUGGCUGAAGAUUCUUGGUGUUCCCUUGGAGUUUUGGGAUGAAGAUAAUUUUCACUUAUUGCAAGCAGGUUCGGUAAGGUUAUAA